CCAAGACUGAAGUUAGUUUGAAAUCUGAUUCCCAAAAUUCCAUAUCAAAACAAAUCCCAAGUGACAAAAUUUCUCUGUAAAAUUUAACAUGACCACAACAUCGGUGAAUAUCGAACCGGAAUUCGAGGAAGUAUCUCUAAGUGAAGAACCACAACGGCAGCGAAGCAGCAGCGAUUCAAUUGCAUGUCGGAUAUGCCAGAGUGCAACGGAAAAGUCACGUUUAAUCUCGCCCUGUCUGUGCAAAGGAUCACUUCGCUACGUACAUCGGGACUGCUUGGAGCACUGGUUAAGCCGGUCCGGACUUACACACUGUGAGCUGUGUUUACACAGGUUCCAAACCUACACGACGUUAAGGUACGGCUGCAUGGAAUCGUUGUGCGUUUGGUAUCGUCAUCCGGGCAAUCGUAGCCUGUUAGUGUCGGAUGCACUGAUUUAUGCCGUCCUGUCAUUCAUCUGCUUCAUCCUGACAAUGAUCUGCAUCCUGGUGCUCCGAUUCCAAAGUUCCCAUGGUAACACGCUCCAGGAGACGCUCGCCUCGACCGCCGUUGUUUGCUUUCUGCUGCUGGUGCUAAUUGUGUACCUAACCAACCUCUUCGUGCUGGCAAAGGAUCACAUCAUUCCCUGGUACAGGUGGUGGAGAUCAUCCCGUAGGAUACGACUUUCGGAAAUUACCCUGGACGAUGCUAGUGACCCGUCGCUUGUGGUAUAAGACGAUGGUGCGAAAUCAAACUGGACGAAAACUAUGAAUAGGCAUUAAAAAAAACCUAGUCGAUUGUAAGUAAAACAAAAAGAAAAACCUAUUUUUUCGUAUUCUGAGAAAAAUCAUUCACUGUAUGUUUUGCACGAAAAUUUUGCACACUGAUUUCUCGAAUGUUCAAAAACCAUGAUUUUUUCAAUACAUUUUUUAAAUCAUC